UUGUGAAUAGUCCAAUGGUUGUAUUGUCGCGUAUAUUCAUAGCUGACGCUGUUGAAAUAAAAAGCACGCAAAAUAUUAGUAAAUUUUACAAAAAUAUUAAGUACGCAAAGUUGUAACAAUGAGUGAAAAUAACGAAGGUCUCAUAGAGUAUGUCGUUUAUGAAUUUGUUAAAGAUGAUACAGUUGAAGAAAUUGUUGGCGAAGAAUAUAUUUUGGAAGAAUGCGAGGAAAAAAGUGUAAUAGUCCAAAAUGAUAUGGAAUUGUUGCCAGUUAGUGAAAUAAUCGAAAUGGAUUCCGAUGAAAUCUUUGAAAUUAAGACCGAAAAUGUUGAAGUAGAAGAUUUUAAAGAGGAAAGCAUAGGCUCAUUAUCUGAAGUUAUUGAUGAAUCUCCACCUACACCACCAAAAAGAAAAGUAUUACUCAACGGUCCACGACGCUAUGUACUUUUUGACGAACUAAUAGCAACAAUUGUAGAAAUCGAUCACGAUGAUACACCAAUUGUAGAAUUUUCUAUGUCAGGUGCGGAUGAUGAUGCAAAAUUACCAGUCGAAUGCGGUAUAUGUCCUGAUGUUAUGCAUAAGUCCAAAUUGGCAGUACAUCUUAAAACUCAUUUAACAGCAGAUGGACAUCGUUAUGCUUGUAUUUACUGCACAGAAACCUACAAAGAUUACAAAUAUCUGGCUGGACAUGCACGCCGUCAUAUGGGUAUACGACCUUAUGUUUGUUCACCAUGUAAAUUGUACUUUUCUACAAAACAAGACCUGCGUGUACAUAACCAACGUCGCCAUCAGGCCAAAGAUCAUAUAUGUGAAAUAUGCGGCAAAACUUUUUCGCAGAACACAAUGCUUAAACGGCACCGUGAAUCAACGCAUGAGAAAAAGUUACGUUUUCAAUGUGAGCACUGUCCAAAGGCUUAUUACAAAAAUUUUGCAUUGAAAGAACAUAUUCGUAAUGUACAUCUUGGUGAUCGCCGCAUGCUUGUAUGUCCAUUCUGUGGAAUGGAAUGUAGAGAUGCACAUAAAAUGGCCAGACAUCGUAGAGAAUUACAUCUUAAUCAAUCACAUUUUCAAUGUAAUAUAUGCAAUGAAGAAUUUACAGAAAUUGGUUAUUUCGAUGCACAUAAACGUUCAAUCCAGUGUCGAAAUAAUACAAAACGCAAGCAGGCAGAGGGAAUGCAAAUUGUCCAAAUUGUUGAUGAAGGCGAUUCAAAAGAAACUUUCGUGGACUUACUAGAAAAUGAGUGAUUAGGCUAAAAAUUAAUUUUAAAAUAAUAUUUUAUCAAAUUUAGCUAAUAUAAUUUAAUGAAUGAAAUAACUGAAAUAUUGUUAUAUUUUGAGAUAUGUUUUUUUUUAUUGUAUGUAUAUAAUUAAAAAUCUUUGCUUUAAUUAACAAUAAAAUGUAAUUACU